AUGACCACAAGCAAACCAGUCGCCCUAGUCGUCGGCGCUUCGCGAGGCCUCGGCCGACAGAUUGCGAUUGAUCUCGCAAAGACCGGCUACACAGUCGUCGUCGCCGCAAAAACCACCUCCAACGCCGAGGACACCGUCCCCUUCCCGCCGGACCCCAACUCCUCCAAGUCGACCAUCAACACCGUCGCCCGCGAGAUCACCGACGCCGGCGGCACAGCCUUCUGCGUCCAGGUCGACGUGCGCGAUGUCGCGCAGGUCGAGAACAUGGUGUCUGAGACCGUCCGCCUCGCCGGUCGUCUGGACGUCCUCGUGUACAACUCCGGCGCCAUUUGGUGGUCGUCUGUCGCCAACACGCCUACCAAGCGGUUCCAGCUGAUGCAGCGCGUGAACCCGGAUGGCCUGUACGCCACCGUACAAGCGGCUCUGCCUGUGUUUGAGCGAUUUUUUUCGCUAAGAAGGACAGGCAAGGUUGCGAUGAGUGUCCUCACCCGCGGCCUCGCUAUGGAUUUCGUCCGCGAGGGACAUAAGGAUAUGGCCAUUACGAGCUUGUGGCCGGCUACAAGUACCGAGUCGGCUGCGACGGAAGUGACACUGAAGAAUAGUCCUCGGUCCAAGGCGGACCUGCGAAAAGCUACUGUCUUCUCCGAUGCUGUCCAGGGAAUUCUUAAGACUCCAGCGGAAACGGUGAAUGGGCUUCUCGCUUUGGACGAAGAUUUCCUCCGCAAGUACUGCGGAGUUACAGACUUCGCCAAGUACGCGGUUGUUCCUGGGUCGAAUCCACGCCGGAUCAUGCCCAAGGAACUGCCGGUGCUGGAGGUAGCGGAGCAGGAUGAUGAGGGAAUGCGCAUGGAUAGCACCAAGAUGCGGUCAAAGCUGUAG